AUGUUCCGUUUUCCUACGGGCGUCUCUGGCCUCUCCCACGUGGCGGGAUGCAAUUCGCAGGACGAGGUAAGGCGAUCGUCGUGGGCCCCCACAUUUUCGCGAAGAGGAAACCGACGCAAUCGAACUCCGGCGAAACUGCGCUCUCCGGCCGCCAAUGGAGGGAAGCAUCUCAGGAGACGCGCUGACGUGGGGGCCGUGGACUACAUCACGGCGGACAUCAUCGGCGUCGUUCUACACCUCAUGCCGUGCGCCGUUGACCGCCACAGGGUGCGCUCCGUCUGCCGCUGGUGGCGCGCCGCCGCGGCCAUGCAGCGCCCGCCACCGUCCUUCCCUAUGCUCGUGUUAUCCCGGUUCAGCUUCGCCAGCUUCUCCAGUUUCUCGCCCGCCAUGGUGAUGACCGCCUUGCGCCGCAUCCCGCUGCCUUCGGACGUGAGCAUCCGCUGGGUGGGAUCGUUCGACCAGUGGCUCGUGGGAACGCGACCCGGUAGGGAAUGCGAGGAUGCAGACGGCCGUUGCUUCUUGGUGAAUGCCUUCUCAGGGAAGACGAUGAAUCUACCAGCGCCGUGUGCCUUCCAUUUCUUCGAUUACUUCCGCAAGACUCUCCCCAUCGUCAACACCUCGGGCUUUAUCAACAUCGUUAUCCACGAUCGGGAGUACUCCAUGCGCUUCAGAAAGGUGGUCUUAUCUGCUUCACCUGCCUCUGGCUCAAUGUGCAUCGUGGCUGCCAUUUCUGGUUGCGCCCUUGCUCUUUGGCACCCUGGGAUGACUUCGUGGUGCACGUGCAGGAGCUUAUACGUCAACAAUUCAACUGACAUUGCCUUCUAUCAAGGGAAGAUCUACAUGAUCUGCAGAUACUCUCGACAUAUCGUGUUCUUUGAGCCUGAAGAGGUUGAUGGCAGAGUUAUGGUAUCACAUGUUGAGCAGUGUAUUACAGAGCCACUGCCCCUAGUCGAGGGUUGUGAGAUAGACAAAUGCAACAUAGUGGAAUGGCGUGGGAAACUAGUGCUGAUCAUCAGAUAUGCAGAUAGUGACUGCGCAAACAAAGUGAUUCAGAAAAUUGGAAUAUAUUCUCUGGACUUCAGCACAAACCCUCACAGCCUCACUGAGUUAAACAGCCUGGAUGGUGAUUGUCUCUUCAUUAGUUCGUGCAGCAGCAAGUCCUUUCCUGCUUGUCAGUAUGAAGGAGCCAAAGGUGAUUUUGUGUACUUCGUUAGCAACUGUUGGCAAAAGACUACUAGUGACGACCCUUCUUUUAAUGUACUUGUGUACAACGUGAGAGAUGCUACAAUGGCAACAAUCCGUUUUAUGGUACCUAAGGAUAACUUUGAGCCGUUCACGUACAGCCCCUUGUGGCUCUUUCCUCCGUUUUGAAUUCUUCUGAGAGAAUCCGGUCAGAUCAUAUCAAGACUAUGACAGUGCUUAUGUGACCUUAUAUGACUGUGUUCAAGUAAACCCGUGAUGGUGUUCUCUUUCCUUUUCAUGAACGAAAUCUUCUGAUGUUGGUUGUUCUCAAAUACCUUCAGUGCAUGUCAGUAUGUCAUAGAUGUACUUUGUUUGCAAAAUACUUAACAGUGCCCUGUUAACGCACUGUUAUUGAUCUACUGUAUCUCUGAUUUCACCUACAAAGUUUUGUGAUGCACAUAUUAAGGCUCAGAAAUUGCUCGAAGUCUAUGGAUGGCUUGAUUCUUUGUUUCAUGUAACUAUGAAACUGGUGACUACGAUACUUCGUUAGUUCAUCCAAGAAUGAAAUAUGCUGUUACAUGUUUUAUUUUUAGU